CGGUCGAGCGUAUAGUAAGGAGCUGCCGCGGCAGUAUUUAUGAGAGAAGCGAGCAGAUCUCAGACAAGACGAACCGAAGCAGUCCCGAUAAGAGGAGACUUUUCAGAUUUCAGCACCACAUCACUGGACAGCGCCCCGUAGCCUCAGCCUCAUCACCAUGGUUCUGAUCUGGACUCAGUUUGGUGUCAAUCACAAAAAUGUCAAUGUGAAGUGUAAAGUACGGAUGAUGCACAGAGGUGACAGCUCAGGAUCCUCAUCAUCAGCGGAAAGCACCAAGUCUGAGCAAGACACGCCCUGCCUGUCCAUCAAACCCACAGGCAAAGACUUCUACAAAGUCCUGGGUGUGUCACCUGACUCCAAUGAAGACGAGAUUAAGAAGGCCUACAGGAAGUUGGCUCUGAAGUUCCACCCGGACAAGAACAGCGAUGCUGAUGCAGAGGACAAGUUCAAGGAGAUCGCAGAAGCCUAUGAGAUCUUGACCGACCCCAAAAAGAGAACCAUAUAUGACCAGUAUGGAGAAGAAGGUCUUAAGAAUGGAAUGUCUAUGGCGGGCCCAGGCAGCGUGUUCCGCAACAACUAUCAGAAUGACCCCCAUGCCACCUUCUCAUCCUUCUUCCAUGGCUCCGACCACUUCGACAUCUUCUUUGGCUCUGACUUUGAUGCCGAAGAAGACUCCUUUAGACGGUACACCUACAGCAACAUGGGGGGCCACGAGGGUGGGCAGAGGAGAGGCCAGCAACGUCUGCAGACUGAAGCUGUGGUGCACGACCUCCUGGUGUCCCUGGAGGAGGUACUUCACGGGUGCACAAAGCAUGUGAAGAUCACCCGCAGCCGCAUCAACCCCGACGGCCGUAGCGUACGUUCUGAAGACAAGGUGUUGAACGUGGUGGUGAAGAAAGGAUGGAAGGCCGGGACCAAGAUCACCUUCCCUAGAGAAGGGGAUGAGACGCCCAACAACACUCCUGCAGACAUCACCUUCGUUCUCAAGGACGAGGAGCACCCACAGUACAAGAGAGACGGCUCCAACAUCGUCUACACAGCCAAGAUCACUCUGAAAGAGGCGCUCUGUGGCUGCACAGUUAACGUGCCUACACUUGACAGCCGGAUGAUGCCUCUCCCAUGCAGCGACGUCAUUAAACCUGGUGCUGUCCGGCGGCUCAGGGGUGAGGGUCUGCCCCUGCCCAAGAGCCCGUCCCAGCGAGGCGACUUGGUGGUGGAGUUCCAGGUGCUCUUCCCUGACAGGAUCCCACCUCAGUCCCGCGAGAUAAUCAAGCACAGCCUGGCCAAGUGCUAGACUGCAUCCCCAAUACUUGAUCGACACAGCUUCACCGUAUGUGUGUUGUUAACAAUUCACAGCCUUGCCCAAGGUGCUAAACUCACAACCAAUCACAACCUCUUAUUGUGUUUGGAAAUGGCAAGCAGCACUGAAGUGAGUUGUAGCUUAGAGAGAGAAGGUGAACCUCUGCAGGAAGACGCACUUUAAACAGAAUAACAUGCGCAGUGAGUUCAGACAUGAUGAAUGGGGUCUUUGGUAUCUGAGGUCAUCCACUGACUUAAUUCUCUGGAAGGAGAAGGUUAUCUGUACUGUUAUACUUGCAAACCUACAGCAGGAUAUCAGUGUGCUAUUCGAGUCUAUAUAGACUUCAACCUGAAUGGUAGACACAUGUGAAAAGAAACUUUAUAUUAUAGUUAUAUGGUGCUCAUAUGACUGAUUUUGCAUUGAUUUAUUACAAUAGCAAGAAGUAUACUUGUGUACAAAGAUCUACUUUGUGUACAAAAAGCUAAAACAUUGUCUCUAAGAGAGAUUCAUCUGUCAAAUGUUCUAUUGAAUUACUUGAGAUGUUUGUACAUAUUCUGCAAUGAGCCAGUUGUUGAUGUAUUAUUACCUUAUAUACUGCACAUAUAUUUGGAGAGCAUGUAAAAUAAAGAUGAACAAACCAUUUGAA